AUGCGGCUCCGAGCCAUGGAUAUCAACUCCGUGCAAGACGGCGCGUGGGAGGAGCCCGCUUGCCGAUGUCUGCACAAGUCAGGUCGUGCUCGAGCGCGGAAGCAGCGAGGCAAAUCGCUGCAGAGAUGUCGUUCGAGCAAUUUGAUGUCCAUCACCUUGCUGAUGGUGGCAUCCAUGCACUCGGUACCUUCGAUAUCUUCGAUGCAUGAAGCAUUUGUCUCUGGCCUUGUGGCAAGAGAAACCCCAAACCAGGUGCAGCCAAGGCCGCAAAGGCCACGGCCAAGGCUGAGAUCUGACAGCCCCUCCUCCUUUCGGCGAUCGCCCUCCGAGGGAGCGGUGGCUCUGUCUGCUCUACCCUUCUCUCCGUCCAGUUUGCUGGCGACCUUGGGCCCCUUCGGCUUCUUUGUAGCUGGUGGCCUUUGCUCGAGCUUCUCGCAUGUACUGGCGACACCGAUUGACGUCAUCAAGACGUCCCAGCAGGCGACCGAAGAGAGGGAGGGUCGAUGUCCGGGCAUGCUGAACAUGGGGAUGAAGCUCGUGAAGUCACAUGGACCGCAGAAACUCCUCAGUGGAGUUGGGGCGACGUUUACUGGAUACUUCCUGCACGGAGCUUUUAAGUAUGGCCUCUUCGAGAUUUGGAAAUCCAUCUUUCGGAUUCAUCAGGUUGUCUCCGUGGCCGGGCACAUCAGCUUGCUGUGCAUAUGCGCUCUUCUAGCCGAGAUGCUGGCAACUGUCGUAUUAUGUCCGGCUGAGGCGGCUAGAAUAAUGCUUGUUGCAGAUCCAUCGUUCAUGGAGCCAACUAGACAGGCCUACGAACGCUUCUGUAAGCAGCAGAAGAGAGGCAUGCAUGGAAUCCAUCAGAUUCUGACAAUGUUUGGCCUGAAUACAUGGCUGGCACUACAACAGCUUCGCAGCGAUCAGGGUGUGUGGAAGGGCUGGUUUGGGGCAUUGGUGCCAUUGUUGAUGAAGCAGUGUUCAUACACAGUUGCAAAGCUGGUCACCUACGACGUGAUGUCCGAUUUCUGCAGCCUCUUUGUGAACCCAGUGCUUGCCAGAGUCUUAGCAGCCUUUGGUGCAGCAACGGCAGCGACACUCGCGUCCCAGCCUGCAGACACAGUAUUCACUUGUAUUUCUGUAGAGGGAGGAUCAGGCGAGUGCCCUGUCCCCAUGGACGGCGACUCGUUCUGGGAUGACGAGCCACCAAGUGUCUGGAAGCAAAUGAGAGACGCAACGAAUCGGCUGGGCAUUGCAGGUUUGUUCUCUGGAUGGCAAACUCGCAUCUUCCAGAUGACCCUAAUCGUUACGGUGCAGCUGCUGCUUUACGAUACGAUCCGUCCCAGACUUUGA